AUGCUUGCAAUGCGCUUUUCGUUCAUCUUAUACGCCUUUUUUUACUGCUUCAUAUCGCCUUUGUCAGUACAAUCUGGGCUUCUCACUUUUAUUAUAAUUUUGCUAGAAACUACAACAAUUUUCAGCCCUCACGUGCAAUAUUCAGAACUCAGUCGUGAAAGAUCCUAUGCUGAAACUACUACUAAGGGCUGCAACGAUUAUGCAAGUAUCUUGUGGAACUGUCAGGCAUUAGAGACAGCUUGCAAGCGGAAUGGUGGAGAUGCUCAAUGCAUCACGUGUGUAAACGACGUGUGUAAUAGUGCAAGUAUCACUUAUAUCUCUGCAAUGUUUAUUUUGUCAGUUUUAUAUGGUGUAUACUUGGCAAAAGAAAACAUGAUGUCAUAUGAAGAUUAUUACUUUUUGCCUCACAUCAAGUUUGAUUCUGAUGCAUUGAUUAGAUAA